GGGCAGGUCAGUAUUCACUGACGAAGGGAUGGAAGAGGACGAGAGGGACUCAGAUGAUCAAAGGGAAGUAAGGGAGCACUCUUGAUGGAUUUCGACGAGUGGUUCCACGCAAGAUUGGACAGACUCACAGAGCCCGACUUCGACGCACGCAAAGGUCAGAUCCAGCCGUGCAGAUGUCCGCCACGCUCUCUUGCUGAGUGUGCUUCCCUGUUAUUGUGUGUGCAGGUCCGUCGCCCCGUGUGAUUCCCCAUGUGACGUUUGUCGUGAGCUACGCCGCCAGCUGGGCGUUUGCCUGCUGCCUGCUGCACCUGUACGACGAUGUGCCGCGGGAGAGGACGGGGGCGUCGUCCUAUGAGAUCAUCGCCUUCAAUAUCGCCUGCUUCAUCAUGCUCCAGAUAUUCGUCAUGGAGGUCAGCCAGCCAGCCAGUCGGCCCGGUGUGUGGUUCGUUAUCCCUCCCUGUGUCUGGACGCCAUUGAAAUGUGUGCGUGUGUGUGUGUGUGUGCAGCUGUUCCCGGUGAUAUCGCUGAUCUUCAGUCUGCAAAAGCGUCCGGCCUUCAACUACCUACACCUGAAGCUCAAGCAGGCCACGCUUAACCUGGGUCUCCUGUUGGUGGGCAUCUGCUGCUACGCAACCCUCAUAUGCAACUCGUGGCCCGUCUUCAUCGACCCCGUCACCGGCAACCGCCUGUACGGCGCCCGCCUGAUGGAGUGGACCGUCAGCUGCCCACUAUCCAUUUACCUCACCGGGCGGCUCACAUUCGGCCGGCCGCUGAGCGUGGUCAUCAAACCCAUGGCGUGUAUGUCGCUGUCCAUUCAGCUGGCACUCGCGUAAGCUUAGCAGGGAGGCCAUGCCAUGAGUGGCUGAGCACCCAUCCCCUUAUAUAUCUCGGUCUGUGUCCUUCCCUGUGUAUUGUAUGUGCAGGGCGACGCUGCUGCGUCCGUCGUGUUUGUGGCUGCGGUGGGCCUUCGGCGUGCUGCCUCUGUGCUGCUUCCUGGGGGCGCUUCACUACAUGCUGGACUUCCUAGUCAAGACCAAGACCAGGGAGCCUGGUGACGGAGAGGCCGAUGACGCGUCCAGCAGCGACGGCAGUGGCGCGGUGGACGCGUCUGUGGCGCAGCAUAAGCCGAGGGAAUGGGUGAAGAAGACCAUUCUCGGCAGCAAACUGGGAGGAUGUAAGUCGACAGAUAGACGAACAAGGGACAACACAGUCCUGGAGGGGAGGGGGUGGUGACUGACUGGCUUUGUUUGGGGUGUGGUGUGUCGCAGGGACGCUGUGUGCGAUAGUGUUCCAUCUCACCUUCCUGGGCAUCAUGCCACCUUGUGUGGACCAGGUAGGUCACUUGACUUGCACCGCACACACAUAUCAUGAUGGAUGCAAAUACACAGACAAGCUUUAACACCAGCUGGUGCAUACGGGGUGUGUGUGUGUCACAUGUGUCAGAUUUUGUAUACUGUGUUUGAUGCGACGGCCAAGUUGGUGGAGUGUGUGAGUCAAACGGCCCUCCGCACCACAGAGUGGGAUGCCUUGGUCAUGCAGGUUAAGAUGGUCCAGCAAUCAGCCCACAACGGGUCAGCCACUGACCGCACGCACACUAACACGAAGACACCCACUUGACCUUCCUCUCUGUGUGUUGCAUCCCAUCCAUCUCUUGCAUAUCAGUCCGAGCCCCGAGAUGGCUGCCCGUCUGGAGCUGCACCAGAGCAGGAAGGACGAGCUGGAAGACAGGGUGCUGCUGUCACACCUCAGGGACCGCAGCACAUCCUCCUCGCCCGAACGGCUGUCCACCAAGAGCGGGGGAUUCAGACGACCAUGCCCGCCAAGGGACACACUGCUGCUGUAGCUAGAAGGGGAGAGACAAGAGGGAGGGAGGGGUUGAAUGGGGGUUUUGUCUGUCUGUCCGUGUGUCGUCCCUGCCCCUGCCCGUGUCCAAAGGAACGAGGCUGAUCCAUGAAUGGAUGGAUGGAUGGAUGGAUGUGGACGCGGGUGGGUGGGGGGCGGCAGAAAUGGCCGGCCGUUUUAUGGGAGCGGGUGAGAAAAAGACGGAGGAGGGAUGGGGGACGGGCCUUAUCGCUACUGUUGCGUGUUUACAUGUGUGUGUGCGUGUCUGUCAGCUGUGGCGAAGGAGGGAGGGAGGGAGGGAGGGAGGGAGGAUGGGGGAGAGGAUGGCGCUGUCUUGAGCGGUUACUCACUAUUGUGAUGUCUCGGCAGCGCUGUGCUGUAUAGUCUGAGAAACACAGAGGAAGAGAAGAGAGAGAUGGGCACCCGAUAGGUACCCGCUUGCUUGCCUGCCUGUCUGCCUGCCUGGCCAUCUGUGCGGAUGAGAGAGGAAGCGGGGAGGUGCGGUGCUCUGUGUGUGUGUGGGACCGACCACACACGCACACGUAUUUGUAACAGCUUGUGUCAGUGGGUGAGCCGCUGGCUGGCUGGCUGACUGGCCAAUGGACAGAUUGUCCAUUCAGCCAGCCAGCCAGCGGAUGGAUGAUGAACUGCCUAAUGCUGUUUGAAUGACGAACUCUUUCCCCUUGCCUACCGAUGGAUGACUGGAUGGAUGACUGGAUGGAUGGAUGGAUGGCAUUUUUGCCACAGCCUGUGGGCCUCUGCUGUGGCGUGCGUUUGAGGUGCAUGGAAUUUGCAUGUCGUGGACUCAGGUGUGCGUGUGUCUGCAUGCAUGCCUGCUUCGUGCUGCACGGGUGCGUUGGUGCGUCGGUCGACUCGUG